CCCUCAGGUUGGCUGCUUCGGCACUCUGUGGUCAUGUGGUUGCUGUUUCACAGCUUAGUGCUGAUGACACUUUGUUUCCACCAUGCUGCGACUUCCUGCUCCAAGCGCUGCUACUGUUCAGACAGUGAGGGCGCAUUUGGUGGUAAGACUAUGCGCUGCAGCAACCUGCAUCUUACUGAGAUCCCUCAGGAUAUUCCCAAUGACACACUACGCCUCUACCUGGACUACAACCUCUUGACCAGCAUCCCUGCCAAUGCUUUUAAUGAUCUUCCACUGCUAGCUGAACUGGAUCUUUCCCAUAAUGAAUUGGCUUUGCUUGAACCCGGAGCCUUUAGAGGUUUGGCAGCCUCUCUACAGUUUCUGGAUCUCUCGUCCAACCAGCUCACAAUGUUGGACCCUGAUGCCUUUGAAGGUGUUACAGCAAGAUCCAACCUCACUGGAAACCCGUGGCACUGUGACUGCAGGCUGCAGACAGCCCUUCCACACCUGGACCUAGAGCCUGUAUUUUUGACUGGCAUUAUCUGUCAGACAUCUGAACCCUCGGACUCUGGAGCCCAAGGUGUGCCUUUCCUGCUGGCCAAAGACCUGGACCUGUGUGUGGUGCUCAAAAAGACCACGGACAUGGCCAUGUUGGUGACCAUGUUUGGAUGGUUCACCAUGGUCAUCACCUACGUGGUCUACUAUGUGAGACACAAUCAGGAAGAUGCCAGGCGCCACCUAAAGUAUCUCAAGUCUCUGCCCAGCAGGCAGGGCAAGUCUGAGGAGUCUUCCACCAUCAGCACUGUGGUAUAG